UCUGCGAAUUGCACUAGUUUUGCCGGUUUUGGUAAUGAAGUAGGUGCUUUAGUAAAAAAAAUCACGGAAAAGGUCACAUAAAUCGGUGUUUCGUGUCUUUCGGCUUAAACAAGAUUUAAAAAGGUGCUUUAUAAAUUGAUAUAUUAAUUUGUUAAUUGAGAACAGCUCUGAGAAUGCGGAACUUUGUACUGUAUAUUGAGCAGACCAAUAAGUGCGCAUGGAACGGCAAAGCAUUAGCAGCCAAUUUCAAACGUUAUAUUGAUUGGAUAGGGAUUGCGUAUAAUGGCAAGCAAAUCGUGUAUCGUGUCUUUUGUAAAUAAGCGCUUGAAAACUAAUUGCAGUUACACAAAUUCUGGAUUCCUAUAAACGAUCCUUCGAACCUUCGGUUCAUGUUUUGUAGCAAUAGACACGGCGGUACAACAAAAGCGGACACAAUAGCUAAAUGUUUGGCAUGCCUUGAGUAAGAGCUCAGAUGUAAGGAGAAAACGAUUCAAGGAGUUUAAAAUUGAAUUCAGCGCAUCAGGAGUACAGGAACUUCGACGAAAUUUAUUGUGACAACAUUUCUACCGUACAUUUCCUGUAGAAUUUCGCCAUUCUAACUAAUUGCUAAUGAAUACAAUCUGACAUACAUCCAACAUAGAGACAUAAUGCUAUAUUGCUUGCGUAAUUUGUUGAUUGGUUUUCGGUAAAAAGGAACUGUUACAGUGUGAAAAUAAAAACAAAGCAACAACCUAAUUUUGUAAAAUGUAACAAUAGAAUUUAAAUUUAUAGAAACCUACUUCUUGAACUUAAAGAGAUUCUGUUUCAAUGCAAUAUUUCCACCAGUGCAAAGUUAGCCAAAAUCUAAACAACAAUAAUAACACCCUACUCGUCAAAUACUACAAGAUGGUUUAGAAGUUUUUUGUUCAUAAGUUAAUCUGCAGAAGAAAUCGUUCGAUACAUUGUAGCGUAAAAUGAAUUGUAGAAGGUACAUAUUCUAAAUUGUUUCUAGGUCUGUAUAGGUUACCGUAUAUUCACAGGCGAUGUAUACACUGUGUUGGGAAGAACAAAAAAGUGGAAAUAUAAUCGUCGAACCAUUUAUGUUUGCGAUGUUUCAAAUUAAUCAACCAGCCGGCCAACAAGAGUUCAUUAAAUAGUGAUUGGCUUAAGUGGAAGACAACCCGAAUGACAAAGAAAAUAUAACAAAACAUAGACAAUAUGGAAUCCCUGAAACAUCUACCGAGAAAUUGUACACAAGGAAAUAGGAACUUACUAAAACCAUUGAGCACCAUUAAGCUAACAGAGAUGAUUAAACUGUUGAACGCGAAAAGGCUAACUGUGGAGCAAAUAUACAGCAGCUAAUAACAAGUGGCAAUCGCAAAACAUUUUUGAGCAAAAUAACAAGAUGUUUCGAAUUCAUCAAGAGUCGCUUCUCUAGAGAACCAAAAACUCAAAAGGCACAUUUUUAUUAUGUUUGCCCAAUUAAUGAAAAGAAAUCCACCUGAAACUUGUAACGUUUGUGGCAAAACCUAAGGCAGUCUUGCCUGUCUAACAAGCUAACUGAUGAUGAUUUAUCAACAUUCAGCAAAGGAAAACACACUUUCCUUUACAAACUAUUCUUAAGUAAAAUUCAGACGGACAGUGUGGUUUACACGAUCAUUGGUUAAAAUUGCCGUCAAUGUUCAACUUUGCUGGAGAAAAGAAAAUUCUAACGAAUGUGCAAAACAAAGAACAAACCUUCCUCUUCACAACAAAAUGCAUAUAUAAGAAAAUGGAAAGCUUCGACGAAGAUUGAUGUAGCUGUUUGUUGAUUAGUUUUAGAUAUGGGUCGAAAGCUAACAAAGUGGAACUAAAUAGAUGAAGUUGGUAAUGGGGAAGAUUAUUCAUGCAAGCGAUGUGACAAUGUACUGGUCAAACCCUAAUAAAUACAAAAAAAUCCUGCGUGCAGCAAUUAUUUUUGUCUGCGGUCUAAUGCUUUUGAAUUCUACGAAUAUCACGAUUUUGGUGAUUAAAAUGUGAUGUGUAACAAUAUACAAAGGUGAAUAAUGUAUAAGUGU